AUGCAGUCAGGAAGAGAUCAGAGAACAGCUGGUACCCAGGCCAGCUCAAGCAGUGAGCCCUUAGAAGGGGAACCUAGGUCCUUCCAUGUGGCACUCUUCUGCCUGGUGCUGGUCGUGCUCCUGAUGGCGGGCUUCCUGCAUGUGGACAUCGAAAUGUUUACGCCGGACUCUACACCGGUCACCAACAUCAUGUUCCUCAAGACGCAUAAGACAGCCAGCAGUACCAUGCUCAACAUUCUCUACCGCUUUUCGGAAUCUCACAACCUGUCCGUGGCGCUGCCCAAGGACUCUAUGUUCCAUCUGGGUUACCCCUGGCUUUUCGUGGCACGCUACGUGGAGGGCACGGAGCAGAAUGGCCUGCAGAAUCAUCACUUCAACGUCAUGUGCAACCACUUGCGGUUCAACCUUCCUGAGGUGCAGAAAGUCAUGCCCAAUGACACUUUCUACUUGUCCAUCCUCCGAAACCCGGUUUCCCAGCUGGAGUCUUCCUUCAUCUACUAUAAGAAACAUUCGCCUGCCUUCCAGAGAGUCAAGAGCUUGGACCAAUUCCUGACAGAUCCUUGGAAGUACUACAAUGUCAGCGUGGGCCUGAAAAAUGUCUAUGCAAGAAACAACAUGUGGUUUGACUUUGGCUUCGACAACAAUGCUCAGGCUGAAGCGGGCUACGUUCGCAGGUGCCUCUCGGAGGUGGAGCGCCAGUUCCAGCUGGUGCUCAUUGCGGACUACUUUGAUGAGUCCAUGGUGCUGCUGCGCAGACGGCUGCGCUGGCAGCUGGAUGACGUGGUAUCCUUCAAGCUGAACCUACGCAGUCAGCGUACGAUCUCACGCUUGACGCCAGAGAGCCAGGAGCGUGCCAAGCGCUGGUGUGAGCUGGACUGGCAGCUCUACCUGCACUUCAACCGCACAUUUUGGGCUCAGCUGUAUGCAGAGGUAAGCCCCCGCCAGCUCAGGGAAGAGCUGGCGCAGCUGCGGGCGAGGCGUCGCGAGCUCACCACCCUGUGUCUUCAGGACCCAGAGCCCAAGAACACGACGCAGAUAAAAGAUCAGAAUAUGCUCCCCUAUCAGUCCGGAGAUGCUGAAAUUCUGGGCUACAAUCUUAGGCAGGGUCUGGACAAUACUACACUGCACAUCUGUCAGAGGAUGGCGAUGCCAGAGCUCCAAUACAUGGCCCACUUGUACUCGCUGCAGUUUCCCGACAAGCCUCCCAAGGACAUACCGUUGCCGAAAAAGUAGGGGUUUGGCUAAAUGACCCUUUCUCCCCAGGCUUCCCGGGGAGCCCUAAACUUGCCAGCCUACCUUUCCCAAGGGAAGAACAGGGUGAAACCUCUGUGUAGAGAUCCACCCAUCCCCAGCUCUGGGGAGAGGGCCCAACACCUAAGACAACAGGCACAGCUGGACUCUAGCUGAAACCCACCCAUUGUAGAGACACGUCCUGGACAGACCUGAAUGCCUUUAAUUAUCUGUCCGCAGGAGUCAGUCUAAACGGGCCAUCA